AUGGGUCCGGAGCAUGACGAGGCAGUUUUUGAAUUACGCAAUAGGACUUCUGACCACCCCGAAGAGGAUGGCACGCAUAUCUCUUCCCUGCCGCCCGUCGACGGCGGUAAAGGAGCAUGGCUUGCCCUCGCGGGCGCCUUUACGCUGGAAGCAUUAGUCUGGGGCUUUCCAUACUCAUUCGGCAUCUUUCAAAAGUACUACCUGACUCACGAGCCAUUUUCACGCAAUCCAUCUGCUAUUGCGGCAACCUCUACGACAGGAACAGCUAUAAUGUUCCUGUCGUCGCCUUUCGUGGCUUUGUUGAUCCAACGACGGCCAAACUUACGUCUGGCAUCUGGACUCGGAGGUCUGGCCAUUGUGGUAGCGAGUCUCCUGGCUGCAAGCUACUGCAACACUACUGCCGGCAUUCUCGCCUGUCAGGGUAUCCUGUAUUCCAUAGGAGGGCUAUUUCUUUACUUUCCGGCCUUUUCAGUCAUUGACCAAUGGUUCGUGGCGCGCAAAGGACUGAGCUUCGGAAUAGUUUGGACUGGGACGAGUGUAGCAGGCGCCAUAUUCCCAUGGAUCUCGCAGUGGCUGCUUGAUGCAUAUGGCUUUCGAACGGCGCUCCGCGUGUGGGCAAUUAUCUUCGCCAUUUGUGGCGCGCCCUGUCCAUUCAUUAUGAGACCGCGUCUGCCGGCAACUAAGGGCGCAACCAGGCUGCCGCCCACGGACUGGAGCUUUCUGAAGCUGCCAGCCUUCUGGUGGUUCGAGGCUGGUGAUGCAGUCUCGCAGCAACCUGGGCUGGCUCAGUGA